UUCCUGUCACUCUCCCGGAGAUCGGCGUACUGAUCGGAUCGGAGAUGGCGGACCCGGGCGGAGUGUCGGAGGACAGUACGGCGGGAGGGAAUGUGGAGGUGUCGGCGGUACAGAACGUAGCGGACCCCUCGGUGUUACAGAAAUAUAUCCGGAAGUUGGUGCCGCUCCUGUUGGAGGAUGGAGGGGAGGCGCCGGCCGCUCUGGAGUCCGCGCUGGAGGAGAAAAGCGCCAUGGAGGAGAUGAGGAAAUUCCUCUCAGAACCGCAAAUACACACCGUGCUGGUGGAGAGGAGCACACUGAAGGAGGAUGUUGGGGAUGAAGGAGAGGAGGAGAGGGAAUUCAUCUCGUACAACGUCAGCAUUGAUAUUCACUACGGACUGAAAUCCAACAGUUUGGCGUUCAUUAAACGCACGCCCGUUAUUGAUGCCGACAAACCGAUCUCGUCCCAGCUGCGGGUGCUGACGCUCAGCGAGGAUUCUCCGUACGAGACUUUACACUCCUUCAUCAGCAACGCCGUCGCACCUUUCUUCAAGUCUUACAUCCGAGAAUCUGGGAAAGCCGACAGGGAUGGAGACAAAAUGGCGCCUUCGGUUGAGAAGAAGAUCGCGGAGCUGGAAAUGGGUCUUCUGCACUUGCAGCAGAACAUUGAGAUCCCAGAAAUCAGUCUUCUCAUCCAUCCCAUCAUCACCAAUGUAGCCAAGCAGUGCUACGAGAGAGGAGAAAAACCCAAAGUUACCGAUUUCGGAGACAAAGUAGAAGACCCGACGUACCUCAAUCAGCUGCAAUCCGGGGUCAACCGAUGGAUUCGCGAGAUUCAGAAGGUAACAAAACUAGACCGCGAUCCUGCGUCUGGCACAGCCUUGCAGGAGAUCAGUUUCUGGCUAAACCUGGAGAGGGCGCUCUACCGCAUCCAGGAAAAGCGCGAGAGCCCCGAGGUUCUUCUGACGUUGGACAUCUUGAAGCACGGCAAGCGAUUCCAUGCCACGGUCAGCUUUGACACCGACACCGGUCUCAAGCAAGCCUUGGAAACGGUGAAUGACUACAACCCUCUCAUGAAGGACUUCCCUUUGAAUGACCUGUUGUCAGCCACCGAACUGGACAAAAUACGGCAGGCUCUGGUCGCCAUCUUUACCCACCUUCGAAAAAUCCGCAACACCAAGUAUCCCAUCCAGAGGGCCCUGCGGCUGGUGGAAGCCAUCUCCCGAGACCUCAGUUCUCAGCUGCUGAAGGUUCUGGGCACCAGGAAACUCAUGCAUGUGGCUUAUGAGGAGUUUGAGAAGGUCAUGGUCGCCUGCUUUGAGGUUUUCCAAACCUGGGACGACGAGUACGAGAAGCUUCAGGUUCUUCUGAGGGAUAUCGUUAAAAGAAAACGUGAGGAGAAUUUGAAGAUGGUUUGGAGGAUUAAUCCCGCCCACAGGAAGCUCCAGUCCCGCCUGGACCAGAUGAGGAAGUUUCGGCGGCAGCAUGAACAGCUGAGAGCCGUCAUUGUGCGGGUCCUCCGACCUCAGGUCACAGCGGUGGCUCAGCAGAACCAGGGGGACGUACCUGAACCCCAGGACUUGAAGGUGGCGGAAGUCUUAUUUGAUGCCGCAGAUGCCAACGCCAUCGAGGAGGUCAACCUUGCCUACGAGAACGUAAAGGAAGUUGAUGGCUUGGAUGUCUCAAAAGAAGGCACGGAGGCGUGGGAAGCGGCGCUGAAAAGAUACGAUGAAAGGAUAGACCGAGUGGAGACCAGAAUCACCGCCCGUCUCCGAGAUCAACUCGGCACGGCCAAGAACGCCAACGAGAUGUUCAGGAUCUUCUCCCGUUUCAACGCUCUGUUUGUUAGACCUCACAUUAGGGGAGCGAUCCGCGAGUACCAAACGCAGCUCAUCCAGCGGGUGAAGGACGACAUCGAAUCCCUUCAUGACAAGUUCAAAGUACAAUAUCCACAAAGCCAAGCGUGUAAGAUGAGCCACGUACGAGACCUCCCGCCCGUCUCCGGCUCCAUCAUCUGGGCCAAGCAGAUAGACCGGCAGCUCACCGCCUACAUGAAGCGAGUGGAAGACGUCCUCGGCAAAGGCUGGGAAAACCACGUGGAAGGGCAGAAACUGAAACAAGAUGGGGACAGCUUCCGCAUGAAACUCAACACCCAGGAAAUAUUCGAUGACUGGGCGAGGAAGGUUCAGCAGCGUAAUCUCGGGGUGUCCGGGCGCAUCUUCACCAUUGAAAGCACACGCGCCAGAGGGAGGACCGGGAACGUGCUCAAGCUGAAGGUCAACUUCCUGCCAGAAAUCAUAACCCUCUCCAAAGAGGUCCGCAACCUCAAAUGGCUCGGGUUCCGCGUCCCAUUGGCCAUCGUCAACAAAGCCCACCAGGCCAAUCAGCUGUACCCGUUUGCGAUUUCCCUUAUUGAGAGCGUCCGUACCUACGAGCGCACUUGUGAGAAAGUGGAGGAGCGCAAUACCAUCAUCUUGCUGGUCGCAGGUCUAAAGAAGGAGGUCCAGGCUCUGAUAGCAGAAGGAAUCGCUCUGGUUUGGGAGUCGUACAAACUGGAUCCUUAUGUCCAACGCUUGGCUGAAACCGUCUUCAACUUCCAAGAAAAGGUGGACGAUCUACUCAUCAUCGAGGAGAAAAUUGACUUGGAAGUUCGGUCUCUGGAGACUUGUCUGUACGACAACAAAACCUUCUCCGAGAUCCUGAACAGAGUCCAGAAGGCGGUGGAUGAUUUGAACCUUCACUCUUAUUCCAACCUUUCCAUCUGGGUCAACAAGCUGGAUAUGGAGAUUGAAAGAAUCCUGGGAGUGCGUCUUCAGGCCGGUUUGAAAUCGUGGACACAAGUCCUCCUGGGUCAGUUCGAUGAUAAAGCCGACGUGGACAUGGACACGGACGCUCCUCAGGCCAGCCACAAACCAGGCGGAGAGCCCAAAAUCAAGAACAUUGUCCAUGAACUCCGCAUCACCAAUCAGGUCAUCUAUCUGAAUCCACCGAUUGAAGAUUGCAGGUAUAAGCUGUACCAGGAAUUGUUCAACUGGGAAACCCACGUUCUGGCCCUCCCCCGAAUCCAGAGUCAGAGAUAUCAGGUGGGCGUCCAUUAUGAGCUGUCAGAAGAGGAAAAGUACUACAGGAACGCCCUGACUCGUAUGCCAGACGGUCAGUUUGGAUUGGAUGAAGCGUACAGCGCUAUUAUGGGUAUUGUGACCGAGGUGGAGCAGUAUGUCAAGGUGUGGCUGCAGUACCAGUGCUUGUGGGACAUGCAAGCCGAAAACAUUUACAACCGUCUGGAAGAAGAUCUGAAUAAGUGGCAGGCGCUGCUGGUGCAGAUCCGGAAGGCCCGAGGGACGUUUGACAACGCCGAGACCAGGAAAGAGUUUGGACCCAUCAUCAUUGACUAUGGAAAGGUCCAAUCUAAAGUCAACCUGAAAUACGAUUCUUGGCACAAAGAGGUCCUCAGCAAGUUCGGACAGAUGCUCGGGCAGAACAUGACCGAAUUUCAUUCACAGAUUUCCAAGUCCCGUCAAGAGCUGGAGCAACAUUCAGUGGAUACCGCCAGCACGUCCGACGCAGUGACCUUCAUCACUUAUGUCCAAUCUCUGAAACGCAAGAUCAAGCAGUUUGAAAAACAAGUUGAUCUGUACAGGAAUGGACAGCGUUUGCUGGAGAAGCAGCGCUUCCAGUUCCCCUCCUCCUGGCUUUACAUCGACAACAUUGAGGGUGAAUGGGGCGCGUUCAAUGACAUCAUGCGGAGAAAGGAUUCCGCCAUCCAGCAGCAAGUGGCCAAUCUGCAGAUGAAGAUUGUUCAAGAGGACCGGGCUGUGGAGAGCCGUUCCAUCGACCUGCUGACCGACUGGGAGAAGACCAAGCCUGUUGCUGGUAAUCUGCGUCCAGAAGACGCCCUCCAGGCGCUCAUGAUUUACGAAGGAAAGUUUGGCAGGCUGAAAGAUGACCGGGAGAAAUGCGCCAAAGCCAAGGAAGCCUUGGAGCUGACCGAUACCGGACUUCUCAGUGGCAGUGAAGAACGCGUUCAGGUGGCGUUGGAAGAAUUACAAGAUCUGAAGGGUGUUUGGUCUGAGCUGUCCAAAGUGUGGGAGCAGAUUGACCAGAUGAAGGAGCAGCCGUGGGUGUCGGUUCAACCACGCAAGUUACGUCAAAGCCUGGACGGGCUGCUGAACCAAUUGAAGAACUUCCCUGCCCGACUGAGACAAUAUGCAUCCUACGAAUUCGUCCAAAGGCUGCUGAAGGGUUACAUGAAGGUGAACAUGCUGGUGAUCGAGCUGAAGUCCGAAGCCUUGAAGGAUCGACAUUGGAAGCAGCUGAUGAAGAGACUGCAUGUGAAUUGGGUGGUGUCUGAACUCACUCUGGGGCAGAUCUGGGAUGUCGACUUGCAAAGGAAUGAGGCCGUUGUCAAAGAUGUCUUGUUGGUCGCCCAAGGAGAAAUGGCUUUGGAGGAGUUCUUGAAGCAGAUCCGUGAAGUUUGGAACGCCUAUGAACUGGAUCUGGUCAACUAUCAGAAUAAAUGUCGCUUGAUCCGUGGCUGGGACGACCUUUUCAACAAAGUCAAGGAGCACAUCAACAGCGUUUCGGCCAUGAAGCUCUCGCCGUACUACAAGGUGUUUGAAGAAGAUGCUCUGAGCUGGGAAGACAAGCUGAACAGAAUCUUGGCUUUGUUCGAUAUUUGGAUCGACGUGCAGAGGCGCUGGGUGUACCUGGAAGGAAUCUUUACCGGCAGCGCAGAUAUCAAACACCUUCUUCCUGUGGAAACUCAGCGAUUCCAGAGUAUCAGCACAGAGUUCUUGUCCCUCAUGAAGAAGGUCACCAAAUCGCCCCUGGUCAUGGAUGUCCUGAACAUUCAGGGAGUGCAGAGAUCUUUGGAAAGGUUGGCCGACUUGCUGGGAAAGAUCCAGAAGGCACUGGGAGAGUAUCUGGAGAGGGAGAGGUCCUCAUUCCCCCGGUUCUACUUUGUUGGAGAUGAGGAUCUCCUUGAAAUUAUUGGCAACAGCAAGAACGUUCCCAAGCUGCAAAAACAUUUCAAGAAGAUGUUUGCCGGAGUCUCCAGUAUCAUCCUGAAUGAGGAUAGCUCCAUCGUUCUUGGGAUCUCUUCCAGGGAAGGAGAGGAGGUGAUGUUCAAGACUCCGGUGUCCAUCACCGAACACCCGAAGAUCAACGAAUGGCUCACACUGGUGGAGAAAGAGAUGAGGGUCACUUUGGCCAAACUGUUGGCAGAAUCUGUGACAGAAGUGGAGAUAUUUGGGAAGUCCACAGCCAUAGACUCCGCCACCUACAUCGAAUGGAUCGACAAGUACCAGGCUCAGCUGGUGGUCCUGUCGGCUCAGAUUGCCUGGUCCGAGAACGUGGAGUCCGCUCUCAACAGCAUGUCCAAUGACGGAGGGAGUGACUUGGGCCCCAUGCAGGGUGUCCUGACCAACGUGAAGGCUACACUGACAGUCUUGGCGGAUUCUGUGUUGAUGGAACAGCCACCCUUGCGCAGAAGAAAGCUUGAGCACCUGAUCACAGAACUGGUGCACCAGAGGGACGUCACCAGAUCUCUGAUGAAGCACAAGGUGGACAACCCCAAGUCCUUUGAUUGGCUGAGCCAGAUGCGUUUUUACUUCGACCCGAAGCAGACCGACGUCCUCCAGCAGCUUUCUAUUCAGAUGGCAAACGCCAAGUUCAAUUACGGGUUUGAAUACCUGGGAGUGCAGGACAAACUGGUCCAGACUCCGCUGACGGAUCGCUGCUACCUGACCAUGACCCAGGCUCUGGAGGCCAGGCUUGGGGGGUCUCCCUUUGGUCCUGCCGGUACUGGAAAAACCGAGUCAGUCAAGGCCCUCGGACACCAGCUUGGGCGCUUCGUGCUUGUAUUCAACUGCGAUGAAACCUUCGACUUCCAGGCAAUGGGCCGGAUCUUUGUUGGCUUGUGCCAGGUCGGAGCAUGGGGCUGCUUUGAUGAAUUCAACAGAUUGGAGGAACGCAUGCUGUCCGCUGUUUCACAGCAAGUGCAAUGCAUCCAGGAGGCCCUAAAAGAGCACGCCAAUCCAAACCGAGACAGGAGUCUCACGGUCACAUGUGAACUGCUGAGCAAGCAAGUGAAGGUCAGCCCUGACAUGGCGAUCUUCAUCACCAUGAACCCCGGAUACGCCGGAAGAUCCAACCUCCCCGACAACUUGAAAAAGUUAUUCCGCAGCUUGGCCAUGACCAAACCUGACCGCCAGCUGAUCGCUCAGGUCAUGUUGUACUCUCAAGGCUUCCGCACAGCAGAAGUGCUCGCCAACAAGAUUGUACCUUUCUUCAAGUUGUGUGAUGAACAGCUGUCUUCUCAGAGCCACUACGACUUUGGGCUGCGAGCUUUGAAGAGCGUCUUGGUGAGCGCCGGCAACGUCAAGAGAGAGCGCAUUCAGAAGAUCAAAAAGGAGAAGGAGGAACGCGGAGAGGCCGCCGUUGAAGGAGAAGUUGCGGAACAUUUGCCUGAGCAAGAGAUUCUGAUUCAGAGUGUCUGUGAGACCAUGGUGCCCAAGCUUGUGGCAGAAGACAUCCCGCUUCUGUUUUCGCUUCUUUCCGAUGUCUUCCCCGGUAUCCCAUACCACCGCGGGGAAAUGACCGCGCUUCGGGAAGAGCUGAAGAAAGUCUGCCAGGAGAUGUACAUGACCUACGGGGAUGGAGAAGACGUGGGCAGCAUGUGGGUGGAGAAGGUUCUUCAACUCUACCAAAUUACUCAAAUCAACCACGGCCUGAUGAUGGUCGGCCCCUCCGGCAGCGGCAAGAGUAUGGCCUGGAGGGUGUUGCUGAAAGCCUUGGAACGAUUGGAAGGCGUAGAGGGAGUUGCUCACAUCAUCGAUCCCAAAGCAAUCAGCAAGGACCAUCUGUACGGCACCUUGGACCCUAACACCAGAGAAUGGACUGAUGGGCUGUUCACCCACGUUCUCAGAAAGAUCAUCGACAAUGUGCGAGGAGAGCUUCAGAAGCGCCAGUGGAUCAUCUUUGAUGGCGAUGUGGAUCCCGAGUGGGUUGAGAAUCUGAAUUCUGUCCUGGAUGACAACAAACUUCUCACUCUUCCCAAUGGAGAGCGUCUCAGCCUGCCACCCAAUGUUCGGAUCAUGUUUGAAGUCCAGGACCUGAAGUACGCGACUUUGGCCACCGUGUCCAGAUGCGGCAUGGUCUGGUUCAGUGAGGACGUCCUGAGCACCGACAUGAUUUUCAACCAUUUCCUGGCCCGCAUGCGCAGUAUUCCGCUGGAUGAGGGAGAGGACGAGGCUUCCCGCAGAAGGAAGGGCAUGGAGGACGAAGGGGAAGAAUCCGCUUCACCAAUGCUACAGAUCCAACGUGAUGCCUCAACGGUACUGCAGCCGUAUUUUACAUCCAACGGGUUGGUGAUCAAAGCUCUGGAGCACGCCUUCAAGCUUGAGCACAUCAUGGACCUGACUCGUCUUCGCUGCUUGGGCUCCCUCUUCUCCAUGCUGCACCAGGCCUGCCGCAACAUCGCCCAGUACAACGCCAACCACCCGGACUUCCCCAUGCCCGUGGAUCAACUGGAACGCUACAUACAGCGUUACUUGAUUUACGCCGUGCUGUGGUCGUUCUCCGGGGACGGACGUCUUAAGAUGAGGGCGGAGCUUGGAGAAUACAUCAGACGGAUUACUACCAUCCCACUCCCGAUGGCGCCCAACAUACCGAUCAUUGACUAUGAGGUUUCCAUCAGCGGAGAAUGGCAGCCGUGGCAAACGAAGGUGCCACAGAUUGAGGUUGAGACUCACAAAGUUGCUGCGCCAGAUGUGGUUGUGCCCACCCUGGACACCGUGCGCCACGAAGCCCUCCUGUAUACCUGGCUGGCAGAACACAAACCUCUGGUGCUGUGCGGUCCUCCCGGCUCUGGCAAAACCAUGACCCUGUUCAGCGCUCUCAGAGCUCUGCCUGAUAUGGAGGUUGUCGGCUUGAACUUCUCCAGCGCCACCACUCCAGAGCUGCUGCUGAAGACCUUCGAUCAUUACUGCGAGUACCGGCGGACACCGAAUGGCGUGGUCCUGUCACCUGUCCAGCUUGGAAAGUGGCUGGUGCUGUUCUGCGAUGAAAUCAACUUGCCAGACAUGGACAAAUACGGCACCCAGAGAGUCAUCUCCUUCAUCAGACAGAUGGUGGAACAUGGUGGGUUCUACAGGACCUCAGAUCAGACUUGGGUGAAGCUGGAAAGGAUUCAGUUUGUUGGAGCGUGCAAUCCGCCAACAGACCCUGGAAGAAAGCCUCUGUCCCACAGGUUUUUGCGACAUGUCCCGGUGGUGUAUGUGGACUACCCCGGACCCGCCUCACUGACUCAGAUUUACGGAACAUUCAACCGCGCAAUGCUAAGGCUCAUUCCUACACUGCGCACCUACGCCGAGCCGCUGACUGCCGCCAUGGUGGAGUUCUACACUAUGUCCCAGGAGAGAUUUACCCAGGAUACUCAGCCACAUUACAUCUACUCCCCCCGUGAGAUGACGCGAUGGGUGAGGGGCAUAUUUGAAGCCUUGAGGCCACUGGAAACCCUACCUGUUGAAGGGUUAAUCCGAAUUUGGGCCCAUGAAGCACUUCGUCUCUUCCAGGACAGGCUUGUUGAAGAUGAGGAGAGACGCUGGACAGAUGAGAACAUCGACAUUGUGGCCCUGAAACAUUUCCCGAAUGUUGAGAAAGAAAAGGCUCUGAGCCGACCAAUCCUCUACAGCAACUGGCUGUCCAAGGAUUACAUUCCAGUGGACCAAGAAGAGCUGAGAGAUUACGUCAAAGCUCGUCUGAAAGUCUUCUAUGAGGAAGAGCUGGAUGUUCCUCUUGUGCUGUUUAAUGAAGUAUUGGAUCACGUCCUGAGAAUUGACAGAAUCUUCCGACAGCCACAAGGUCAUUUGCUUCUGAUUGGUGUGAGUGGCGCCGGGAAGACCACGCUUUCGCGUUUCGUUGCGUGGAUGAAUGGCCUUAGCGUUUACCAGAUCAAGGUGCACAGGAAGUACACAGGUGAUGACUUUGAUGAAGAUCUAAGAACUGUACUGAGGCGCUCCGGCUGCAAAAAUGAAAAGAUUGCGUUCAUCAUGGAUGAGUCCAAUGUGCUGGACUCCGGAUUCCUUGAGAGAAUGAACACUUUACUGGCCAAUGGAGAGGUUCCCGGCUUGUUUGAGGGCGACGAGUUUUCCACACUCAUGACACAAUGCAAGGAAGGGGCUCAGAAAGAAGGAUUGAUGUUGGAUUCCCAUGAAGAGCUCUACAAAUGGUUCGCCAGCCAAGUCAUCCGAAAUCUCCACGUGGUCUUCACCAUGAACCCCUCUUCAGAAGGGCUGAAGGACCGAGCCGCCACCUCCCCCGCUCUGUUCAACAGAUGUGUGCUGAACUGGUUUGGUGACUGGUCAACAGAAGCCCUCUAUCAAGUGGCCAAGGAGUUCACCAGCAAAAUGGAUCUGGAGAAGCCAAACUACAUUGUUCCAGACUACAUGCCUGCGGUCUAUGACAAGCUUCCCCAGACUCCUUCCCAUAGGGAGGCCAUUGUGAACGGAUGUGUGUUUGUCCAUCAAACUCUUCACCAGGCAAAUACUCGACUUGCUAAGCGAGGCGGCAGAACGAUGGCCAUCACACCGCGCCACUACCUGGACUUUAUAAAUCACUAUGCGGAUCUCUUCAAUGAGAAGAGGAGCGAGCUGGAGGAGCAGCAGAUGCAUCUGAAUGUCGGUCUGCGGAAGAUCAAGGAGACGGUGGAUCAGGUGGAGGAACUCCGCCGUGAUCUGCGCAUUAAGAGUCAGGAGCUGGAGGUGAAAAAUGCAGCGGCCAAUGACAAGCUGAAGAAAAUGGUGAAGGAUCAGCAGGAAGCGGAGAAGAAAAAGGUGAUGAGUCAGGAGAUCCAGGAACAGGUACAUAAGCAGCAAGCUGGUAUUGCUGAGAAGCAGAAGAGUGUAAAAGAGGAGCUGGACCAAGUGGAGCCGGCCGUCAUUGAGGCCCAGAAUGCUGUAAAAUCAAUCAAGAAGCAGCACCUGGUAGAGGUCCGUUCAAUGGCUAAUCCUCCAGCAGCAGUGAAGCUGGCAUUGGAGUCCAUCUGUCUGCUGCUGGGAGAAAGUACAACGGACUGGCGGCAAAUCCGUUCCAUCAUUAUGAGGGAAAACUUCAUCCCGACUAUUGUAAACUUUUCUGCUGAGGAGAUCAGUGACGCCAUUCGUGAGAAAAUGAAGAAGAAUUAUAUGUCCAAUCCCAGCUACAACUAUGAAAUUGUGAACAGAGCCUCCCUGGCUUGUGGGCCUAUGGUCAAAUGGGCGAUUGCUCAGCUGAACUACGCCGACAUGCUGAAGCGCGUGGAGCCCCUGAGGAACGAACUCCAAAAACUGGAGGACGAUGCCAACGACAACCAGGCAAAGGCCAAUGAAGUGGAGCAGAUGAUCCGAGACUUGGAGUCCAGCAUUGCCCGCUACAAGGAGGAGUACGCCGUCCUCAUUUCCGAAGCUCAGGCCAUCAAAGCCGAUUUGGCUGCUGUAGAAGCCAAGGUGAACCGUAGUACUGCACUCCUGAAAAGCUUGUCUGCGGAGAGCGAGAGGUGGGAGAAAACCAGCGAAACCUUCAAAAACCAGAUGUCCACCAUUGCUGGCGACUGUCUGCUCUCCGCGGCGUUUAUCGCCUACGCUGGAUACUUCGACCAGCAGAUGAGGCAGAACUUGUUCACCACCUGGUCUCAUCAUUUGCAGCAAGCCAACAUCCAGUUCCGCACAGAUAUUGCCAGAACAGAAUAUCUGUCCAAUGCAGAUGAAAGGCUUCGCUGGCAGGCCAGCUCCUUACCUGCGGAUGACCUGUGUACAGAGAACGCCAUCAUGCUGAAACGAUUCAACAGGUAUCCUCUGAUCAUCGACCCGUCGGGCCAGGCAACAGAGUUCAUCAUGAACGAAUACAAGGACCGCAAGAUCACCCGCACAAGCUUCCUGGAUGACGCCUUCAGAAAGAACUUGGAAAGCGCUCUGCGUUUUGGAAACCCGCUACUUGUCCAGGAUGUUGAAAGCUACGAUCCAAUCCUGAACCCCGUCCUGAACCGCGAGGUUCGUAGAACUGGUGGCAGAGUGUUGAUCACACUGGGAGAUCAGGACAUUGACUUGUCCCCAUCCUUUGUAAUAUUCCUCUCCACCAGAGACCCCACGGUGGAAUUCCCGCCAGAUCUUUGCUCCCGUGUGACAUUUGUCAACUUCACCGUGACUCGCAGCAGUCUGCAGAGCCAGUGUCUGAACGAGGUCCUGAAGGCAGAACGACCCGAUGUGGAUGAGAAGCGAUCGGAUCUCCUUAAACUUCAAGGUGAGUUCCAGCUCCGCCUGAGACAGCUGGAGAAAUCUCUUCUUCAGGCUCUCAACGAGGUGAAAGGUCGCAUACUGGACGAUGACACCAUCAUCACCACUCUGGAGAACCUGAAGAAGGAGGCGGCCGAGGUCACCCGCAAAGUGCAGGAGACGGACAUCAUCAUGAAGGAGGUGGAGACUGUGUCCCAGCAGUACCUACCCCUCUCCACCGCCUGCAGCAGCAUCUACUUCACCAUGGAAUCCCUCAAACAGAUCCACUUCCUGUACCAGUACUCCUUGCAAUUCUUCCUGGACAUCUACCACACUGUGCUCUAUGAGAACGCCAACCUCAAAGGUAUCACCGAUCACACUCAGCGUCUGUCUGUCAUCACCAAAGACCUCUUCCAGGUGGCCUUCAACAGGGUGGCCCGAGGAAUGUUGCAUCAGGACCACAUCACCUUUGCCAUGCUUCUGGCCAGGAUUAAGCUGAAGGGAACUAUUGGGGAGCCGACCUAUGAUCAGGAGUUCCAGCACUUCCUCAGGGGAAGAGAGAUCGUCCUCAGUUCCUCCUCUGUGCCAAAAGUCAGCGGGCUGACGGAGGAGCAGGUGGAAGGCAUGGUGAGACUCUCCAAUCUGCCGGCCUUCAGGGAUCUUCUAGCCAAGGUGGAAGCUGAUGAUCAAUUCUGCAUCUGGCUUGAGAGCAGCUCUCCGGAGCAGACGGUGCCGUACCUGUGGAGUGAAGAGAAGCCCGCUACACCUAUCGGUCAAGACGUCCACCGCUUGCUCCUCACCCAAGCCUUCCGUCCGGACCGCCUUCUGGCCAUGGCUCAUGUCUUUGUCGCCACCAUCCUGGGAGAAUCCUUCAUGUCGGUCAUUGAUCAGCCGUUGGAUUUGGCGUUUAUCGUGGAUACCGAGGUGAAGCCCAGCACUCCGGUACUGAUGUGCUCCGUUCCCGGCUAUGACGCCAGCGGUCGCGUGGAAGAUCUGGCGGCAGAACAGAACACCCAGAUCACAAAUAUAGCCAUUGGCUCUGCAGAAGGAUUCAGCCAAGCGGAGAAAGCCAUCAACACAGCUGUGAAGUCUGGAAGGUGGGUGGUGCUGAAGAACGUACAUCUGGCGCCGGGCUGGCUGAUGCAGCUGGAGAAGAAGCUCCACUCUCUACAACCACAUUCCUCCUUCCGACUAUUUCUGACCAUGGAGAUCAAUCCCAAGGUCCCCGUGAAUCUUCUGCGUGCCGGACGGAUCUUUGUGUUUGAGCCUCCUCCCGGUGUGAAGGCCAACAUGCUGAGAACCUUCAGCAGUAUUCCAGUUUCCAGGAUCUGUAAGGCUCCAAAUGAGCGCGCUCGCCUCUACUUCCUGUUGGCUUGGUUCCAUGCAAUCAUCCAGGAACGUCUGCGCUACGCUCCCCUGGGUUGGUCUAAGAAAUAUGAAUUUGGUGAAUCCGAUCUGAGAUCCGCCUGUGACACGGUGGAUACCUGGUUGGAUGACACGGCUAAAGGCCGCCAGAACAUUUCCCCCGAUAAGAUCCCGUGGUCCGCCCUGAAGACUCUGAUGGCGCAGUCUAUUUAUGGAGGCCGAAUCGACAACGAAUUCGAUCAGCGGCUGCUCAAUACCUUCUUGGACAGGCUCUUCACCACCUCGAGCUUUGAUGGCGACUUUAAGCUGGCCUCUAAGAUCGACGGCCACAAGGACAUCCAGAUGCCGGACGGUAUCAGACGUGACGAGUUUGUGCAGUGGGUUGAAUUGCUGCCCGACACGCAGACCCCGUCCUGGUUGGGAUUACCGAACAACGCAGAGAGGGUCCUCCUCACCACUCAGGGCAUUGAUAUGAUCAGUAAAAUGCUGAAAAUGCAAAUGCUGGAGGAUGAGGAUGACUUGGCGUACGCGGAGACGGAGAAGAAGCAGAGGAAGGACUCCACUUCUGACGGGCGCCCGGCCUGGAUGAGAACCUUGCACACCACCGCCUGCAACUGGCUCCAACUCAUUCCACAGUCCCUCAACCACCUCAAACGUACCGUGGAGAACAUCAAGGAUCCUCUGUUCAGGUUCUUUGAACGAGAAGUGAAGAUGGGCGCCAAAUUACUGCAGGAUGUGCGCCAGGAUCUCACUGACGUUGUCCAGGUCUGCGAAGGAAAGAAGAAGCAGACCAACUACCUGCGCACCCUGAUCAAUGAGCUGGUGAAAGGCAUCUUGCCCCGAAGUUGGUCUCGUUUUACCGUCCCGGUUGGGCUGACGGUCAUUCAGUGGGUGGCGGAUUUCAGUGACCGCAUUAAACAGCUUCAGAACAUUUCUCAGGCGGCUGCUGCCAUAGGAGCCAAGGAAUUAAAGAACCUCCACGUGUGGUUGGGUGGUCUGUUUGUCCCUGAAGCCUACAUCACUGCCACCAGGCAAUACGUGGCCCAGGCCAACAGCUGGUCGCUGGAGGAGCUCUGCCUGGAAGUCAGCGUGACCACUUCCCAGAAUGCCGUGAUGGAUGCUUACAGCUUCGGAGUGACCGGUCUCAAACUUCAAGGAGCGACCUGUACCAACAACAAGCUGUCCCUUUCUAACGCCAUCUCUACGGCGCUGGCUCUCACCCAACUCCGCUGGUCCCGACAGACCAACGCUGAGAAGAAGGCCAAUGUGGUGACUCUUCCGGUCUAUCUGAACUUCACUCGGGCCGAUUUGAUCUUUACGGUUGACCUCGAAAUUGCCACGAAGGAAGAUCCUCACAGCUUCUAUGAGCGCGGAGUGGCCAUCCUGAGCACAGAGUAGACGGCGGCCCUCAUUUCUCUGAUUCCUCGCUUUUUAUGUUCUGCAUACAAGAAAGAGAAGAAAGUUUUAUGUCAGGUGGAGGAAGGAAUAAGAUGAGGUGUAUAUAGAGCAGUGAUGGAGAACCCUGGCACCCCAGAUGUUUUGGAACUACAUUUCCCAU